AUGGAUUCUUUGGACGGUAUAACCUGCCGGUGUGGUCGCUUCGCCCCUUACAAGCCAUGUCAAAGCGAUGCCAACGGUAAUAAAGGUCGUCCCAUUGCCAUAUGUCAAGGCCCCAACUCUAAAGGCUUUCAGGUCCACUGGAUUCCUCUCUGCCCUGUACUUGUCAUCUCUGCCUCCCACUACUGCACCAGCACCUUCAUUUCCUCUGCCAUCACAGGCUUCCAGGUCUACUGCAUCCUUCCCUGCCACCUUAUAAGCAAUACUUUACCCUCCCCGGGUUAUUCCAUAUGGACUGGAUGGAUUCCAUACUUCCCCCAGACUUACCUAAGUCCACAUCAGUUCUACAGGAGAAUUUAA